CUGUUCGGCAUGCCGCUAAGCGUGGCAGUCAAGGCAGCGGGGGUGUGCGUCGGCAUUGUGGCGUCCAGCCAAGAGCCGUGCGUAGUGCCGACAGUGGUGGCGGUGUGCGGGCGGCAUCUUCGGGCGCAGGGCCAACAGACGCAGGGCAUAUUCCGGGUCAACGGGUCAAUGAAGCGCGUGCAGCGGUUGCAGGACUCCUUUAACGAGCGGCCGCACUACGGGCGGUUCACAGAGUGGACCAGCUACACGCUGCACGAUGCAGCGACUAUUCUACGACGCUACCUGAUCUCGCUGCCUGAAUCUGUAAUCUCCGUGGACUUUUACAGCGCGUUUCUGGAUAAACUCGCUGAGCCAUUGUCGGAUGACCGCAAGGCCAGCGAUUAUGGCGAGAUGAUCGCAAGACUGGAGCCUGAGCCGCGCCAUACUCUGCUAUAUAUGCUGGAACUUCUGGCAGUGUUUGCACUGCCGCGGAAUAGCGAGCGCACAUUGAUGAAUGCAUCAAAUCUGGCCGCUGUUCUGCAGCCGUGCUUGCUCGUGCACCCCGGUCACGUCGCCAAUCCGCAUGAGUACGGAAAGGCCAAGGAUGUAGUUGAGUUUCUCAUU